AGAGUUACUACGUGAGGAACAACAUGCUGCGACCGGACGGAGAUUUCAUCACGUCACCAGAAAUCAGUCAGAUCUUCGGAGAACUGCUCGGCGUGUGGAUCGUCAGCGAGUGGAUGGGACACGGUCGACCCAAACAGCUGCAGCUGGUCCAGCUCGGACAUGGGAAAGGAUCGCCGGCCAGCGACGUCCUCACAGUAUGGACUUUAUCUAGUACAGCAGCAGGAUCUGAGAAGUCAGGGAAGUCUUCAAAUACAAACAAGUACAUUAGAAGUUGGGUGGGGUGGGGUUAGCGUGCAUCAACUUCCUAGAGUGUUGUCAUUGGUGUUAGUGGAGACUUCAGAAAGUUCUGGCACGUGUCCGUUGUCAGCAUCAUUUCCAAGCCUCCCAUUCAGUUGUACAGGAGCGGCGGUGCAAUGCAUUCUGGUAGCUUUGCCGGGAC